AUGGCUGAUAUCAACGUUGACGUCUUGGUUAUCGGCGCUGGCCCAACCGGUCUCGGUGCUGCGAAGCGUCUGAACCAGAUUAACGGCCCUUCAUGGCUGCUUGUUGACUCCGCCGAGAAGGCUGGAGGUCUUGCUGGCACUGAUACCACCCCUGAGGGCUUCCUCUACGAUGUUGGUGGCCACGUCAUCUUCUCCCACUACAAGUACUUCGACGACUGCAUCGAGGAGGCGCUUCCCAAGGACGAUGACUGGUUCACGCACGAGCGUGUCUCCUACGUCCGCUACAAGGGCAUCUGGGUCCCCUACCCCUUCCAGAACAAUAUUUCUAUCCUGCCCAAGGAGGACCAGGUCACGUGCAUGAACGGCCUCAUUGAUGCCGCUCUCGAGUGCCGUGUCGCCGACAAGAAGCCCAAGGACUUCGAUGAGUGGAUUAUCCGCAACUGCGGUGAGGGUGUCGCCAACUUCUUCAUGCGCCCUUACAACUACAAGGUUUGGGCAGUUCCCACGACCAAGAUGCAAUGCGCGUGGCUCGGUGAGCGCGUGGCUGCCCCCAACCUGAAGCUCGUCACCGAGAACAUCGUCAGGAACAAGGUUGCUGGUAACUGGGGCCCCAACGCCACCUUCAAGUUCCCCGCCCGUGACGGUACCGGUGGUAUCUGGACCGCCGUUGCGAACACCCUGCCCAAAGAGAAGACCCGUUACGGCGAGACGGGCACCGUCGAGAAGGUCGACGCUGAGAAGAAAAUUGUCACCCUCAAGGAUGGCACCAAGGUCCAGUACGGCAAGCUCAUCUCCACCAUGAACGUCGACCAGCUCGUCGAGCGCAUGGGCAACCAGGAGCUCGUCAGCCUGUCCAAGGGCUUGUUCUACUCCUCUACUCACGUCAUCGGUGUCGGUAUCCGUGGCGAGCGCCCCGACCGCAUCGGUGACAAGUGCUGGCUGUACUUCCCCGAGGACAACUGCCCGUUCUACCGCGCCACCAUCUUCUCCAACUACUCCCCCUACAACCAGCCCGAGGCCGGCGUGAAGCUGCCUACAUUGUACCUGGCCAACGGCGAGAAGGCUGAGUCUACCGAGGCUAAGGAGGGUCCCUACUGGUCCAUCAUGCUCGAGGUCUCCGAGUCCUCCCUGAAGCCCGUCGAGCAGGAGAAGCUCCUCCAGCAGUGCAUCCAGGGUCUCAUCAACACCGAGAUGAUCAAGCCCGAGGACGAGAUUGUUUCCACAUACCACCGCCGCUUCAACCACGGCUACCCCACCCCCUCGCUUGAGAGAGAGGGCGUCCUCAAGGACCUCCUGCCCAAGCUCCUCGACCAGGGCAUCUACUCCCGUGGCCGCUUCGGCUCCUGGAGAUACGAGGUCGGCAACCAGGACCACUCCUUUAUGCUGGGUGUCGAGGCUGCUGACAACAUUGUCAACGGCGCCGUUGAGCUCACGCUCAACUACCCCGACUUCGUCAACAGCCGCAAGAACGAAGAGCGCCGCCUUGCCGCGUCAUUCGCCUUCGGCUCCCAGGCCAACGGCACCGCCCUGCCUUCGCACAGCAAGUAA